AAAGAUAUCUCAUGACACUUGACGUUGACCCAAAAAUGCAGAGAUUCUAGUCUAAUGCCAAUAUUUACAAGACAAAUAAAAAUUACCACAAGUAAUAAAAUAAAAAACGAGAAACCAAGCCACAGCUUAGUACAUUAGUAUUUCUUAUCAAAUUAUCUGAGUAAAUUACAGAGCUGCUGUUGCCAACACUGCAUACGUGAAAAUAGAAACCGAGAAGUGGAAACAGUGCCGGCGCCAAAAAUGAAAUCGAAGAAGCUGGAAAACUGAAAAGAUUGUAAGCUAGCAGUGUGAAGAAUUUUACACUUGAAGUCAAACAUUAGCAAACAAACCAUUGACAACGUCACAAUUAAAGCAAAAAAUCACGGUGAUUUCAGUAACAGAAAAUUAAACGACAAUAGCAGUGAGUAGAACUGCAACGACACACUCGAAAUCCACCAGAAACAAGGACAUUUCAACGUUACGCUGCUCUUAUGGGCAAGUGUGUUUCAAAGCAUCCAUCGCUACUAACAAUUGCAAUAUCCGAGAAGGAUUUGGCAACAGCCAACCAAAUUUGGAGUAAAUUCGCUGAAAGUACAGAAUAUAUUGCACUGAAGGAUGAACAUGGAAAUCAAUUAUGUGAGUAUUACUACGUCAGUAAGAAGGUUGGCUGUGGCCACAAUGAACAGGAACAAUAUGAACAAGCAUCACAGCAAAAUCAGCAACAGCAAGAGGAAUGGCAGCAACAAUCGCAGAUAUUGCAAACAUCUAAGAAGAACAAAUCAUCUCAAUUGACAACGACAGAGAUUUACAAUGUUGCUGCCAAUGCGUUCAAUAGCAAAAUGGUGGAUGACUGCGAAUUAAUUGAGCAGCGACAACGAUACGCGGCCCCAUUACAAACUGCAAAUCAUGUCGUUGAUGUUAAUAAUACCAACCACAGUUCUACUAAUAGGUUAAAUGCCGAACAACAUGGCUUGCCACUUUUGCGGUUGUUGCAAACACAAAAGCAGAAACAUCAACAACAUGAACAACAUCACCAACAUCACCAACAUCAACAACAUCAACAGCAUUUAGAACAUAAAGAGCAGCAGAAACAUCAAACACAACUACAACAACAACAGCAACAACAACAUGAAUUGCAAGUGCAGCAAAUUAAUGCAAAAAGUAAAACUCUUGAAAUCGUUGCUGUUGCUGAUGCAGAGAGCAAUGCGAACAUACAACACUCAAAUGUUGUUGGCGUUAAAAAUGAUAAAAACAGUAAAAAUCGUAAUAAACAAAAAUUUCAUAAUUUUAAAUAUUCAACAAUUUUUGGCAAAUCAAAUGUUCGAGAUGCCAAAGUGUUGGACUGGUUAACUUACGACUACGAAUAUGGUUACGUCGAUGUCAAUUCCCCUCAACCUCAUGUGGAACAAGUCAAUUGUGUGUUCAUCUACGAGGAUAAUGAGGAGGGUCAAACGGAAAGUAAAAAAAGCAAAAAACAAGGCGCAGGAAGCAUUGAAACAAAGGGUACAGCGAUGUCCUUUGGUUUUCGCAAAAAACUCAACACCACACCAAAAAAAUUAAAAAAGCUUAUCGAGGGUGACAGCAAGAAGAAGCACGAUAAGUGCAAUAACAUAAGUGACGAUGACGUCGGUAGAACAACAGGAGCUGUGAUAGAUACUGAAAUAAUUGUCACCACUGAGAAUAUACACGAAGAUGAUAACGGCAAUUCAGACACAAUGCCCAAAGUAUACUUUGAAAAGAUGGGUGCAGCUGCGGCCGGUGGAAAGUCUGCACAAAAGUUUUCAACAAAUCAAGGAGUGCCGGAACAGUCACAGACAGCAAAUCGUCCAGGCGCAGGCAAUCGUUUCGGUUAUCGUGGCUGCAAUGUGGCACGUCCCGCUUCCACUGGCAUUACCGGUAGAUAUCGCAGCGAUAGUCAUGAAAAUGUGGAGAACAAUAAUUGCACUGUAACUGAGGGUGGUCAGCAAAAGCCAUUAGUGAGCAAUCUGAAACGCCGUUCAAAGAGCGCACAUGCAGGUCGUGCAUUGACAUCAAAUCAAUCCGAAGAGCAAGAAGAAGGCAGCGCUGAUGCAGCUCCAAAAAUAACACAACCCAAGACGCUAACAUUCAAUUUGAAUCAAAAUAGUACCAUUGAAUAUCAACGUCAACAGUUCUUUCAACAGCCGACACACAGUGCAAAUGGACGUGCCGGUUAUAUGAGCACAGCACAAUAUCAGCAGCAUCAGCCCAGAGUAAUCAAUACAGGCAUGCAUACGAAUGUAAUUUUACGACCUACGCCACGGGCACCACCUGCAACAUACUCCAAGUUUACAUUGCACACUGUUAGUCUACCGAAGCCAGAGUUCCCAGUUGCUAUAAGUGUUAGCGCAACAACACCUACCACACCAGGCAGCGUGUUUUCACCUUCACCUGUAACAGCAACUGCACUUGGUAGCGCUGGGGCUCGCGCCAAAGAUGCCAUCGUAUACAGAGUAACACAUCCACUGACUGCAGUGCAAACACAACAGCAUAUGGAUCAGAAAACCGCCAAGCAAAUGGCAAACACCACACGUCGUGGUUUUACUGGUAGUCGUGAGAUAUCAGCUGACUCCGGCAUUGCUAGCAUGGAUAUGGCAUUGGAUAGUUCUACGUCAAGUGCAGGUGGCAAUGGUGGUGGACGACAUUCGUCGCCCAAGCGCAGUCGCAGCCGACCGCGCAAUUUGCAAAUGGUAAUGAAUGGAAGGCAUAAAUUUGAAGUACGUGACUUGGAUGAUCCACUUUCAAGCGAGUCAAGUUCAAUUGUAGAACCCUUGGCAUUACCAAAAUUACCAGCAGAAAAUCAAACUGUACCAUUGCCCUUGAGCGGCUUAAUACGUUCGAAUACGGUUUUAAGUCGUGAGUCGUAUGAACGUAAAAAUGUGAGUGGACAGAGAGUGGAACUGGAAAAACCUAAAUCCACAUCACGCGCCAUUCGUCAUGAAAUUCAACGGAAUCCAUCUGAAGAAAGUGAAAGCGUAGAUGAGGAGAAACUCUAUUUAGAUCGCUCAGCUUCAGAAAAAAGUGCCAAACUUUUCAAAGAUAUUAACACAUGUUCCAGUAAGACAUCUUCCCCUGGUAGUUCCAUUAUGUCAUCUUGGUGUAACGCAGGCGAGUCGCUUGCAGUCAAAGAUUGCAGUAGUCUAAGCAUAAGCAGCAGUGAGGAUAGUAAUAAAGUGCAGGAACGUUUGGAUGAACGCAAGCAAAAAGCGGAAGCGGAAUUGCAGUUGGAGCUCAAUGACGAUGACAUAAGCAUGCUCAAUACGGAAAUGCAAAUAAGCACAAUUUCUUCAUUAACUGAAACUGUACCUAAUGCUGCACAAAUGCUCAAUAAUUCAAAGGAAGAGAAUUUGGAAGAUCAAACAAUGCUGGAUGAUUUACCAAAAACUGAGAGUACUGAACAUAUAUUAAAUCUGAAUGAACGUCCGAAAUCACUUUAUGAUGCACUUAAUGAGAGUAAAUUUGCAGAACUGGCUUUGGCUGGUAGCGCAUUUUUAUUAGACGAUGAGACUUCACCCACUGAUAGUCUUGUUAGUAGUACAGAAUCUGAAGACGCAGUAUGCAAACAGAAAAAACAUAAAAUUAAUGAAGAAUUGCAAGAGAAGGAUAUAGAUGAAAUAUCACCUGAAUUCGAAGUUGGGAGUCCAAUAUCACCUGGUACACCUACACAUGCAUCACAUUCCUUAUCACUCUCAGAUUGUGGUAAUUUAAUCGAUGAUGAAAUUGCCGAUCAACCAGCUUUGUUGUUUAAUAGUGAGCAUCAAGAUGGUGGUGAUAGUUUAGCAUCACGUAAGGAGAAAACUGAUACGCCUACAUUAAUGGAAACAGGUUCUAUGCGUUCAUUGAAGAGUCAAUCGAAGGCGCGCACUGCUUUACAGCAAGCCAUAGAGUUAAGCUUACGUACACCACUUUCAUUAAGAAAGGCAGUAAUGGAACGCGCUGAAUCACUUGAUACAUUAUCUCCAUGUGAAUCGAUUUGUUCUGAUGACUUGAUGAUGGAUUUUGAUAUGAACAGUAGUUUGGAUUCUAUUGAUAGGUCGGCUUCAAUUAGGAGUCGCAGUGGUUCUGAUUUAAAUAAAAUUGGCGAGAGCGAAUUAUUUCCGGAAUUAAGCCGUAAAAGCAGUGAUGUUAUGAAGGAACUGAAUACUAUAUUAAAAGUACACAACAACAAGAAUAAGGAAAAAGAUAGUAUCAUCAACUAUUUAGCUUAUAAAUUUCAAGAACAUGCCUCCGCGUUGUCGUUGCAUUCUCGCCAUAACUUGCAUGACUCCGUGCUGGUAGAUGCAUUCGUAUCUACCUGUAAUGUGCCGUUAAAUUGCUUAUGCCAUGGAACUUCUAACGUUGUUGGCAUUUGUUGUCGAUUGCGGUGGCUGCUGCUAGUCAACCAAAUAACAGGCCAGACGCCAAAGACUGCAUUGCCAGCAGCGGUACGCGCAUUACUGAAGUCGGAACGAAGUUGGACUUCCUAA